AUGAAAACUCACACCGGAGAGAGUCCUUACACCUGCACACUGUGUGGGAAGAGCGUGUCAAAUAAAUCAGCCCUUAAUGCCCACAUGAGAAUUCACACAGGAGAGAAGCCCUUCACCUGCACACUGUGUGGGAAGAGCUUCUCACUAAAUGGGAAUCUCAAGGGUCAUAUGAAAACUCACACAGGAGAGAAGCCUUUCAUGUGUGACCAGUGUGGAAAAUGUUUUGCACAUGAAACAACCCUUACUAAGCACAUGAGGCUUCACUCAAGAGAGAUCUCUUUUGAAGAAAAGAAACUGCAGAGCUCUGCCAGUGGAAAGAGGCUUCGGAAAAGACGGAGUUAG